GGAAAAAAUGACAGGAGAUGCUUUUUGAUCUACCUGUAAGUACAGAGCUGGGAACAAUGACAGAGCCGAAAUUUACUAAAGCUCUCGCACACGAACACUUUUUAGUUGCAACUUGUCUAUCCAAAAAAUAAAUUUGCAUGCGCCAUGUCACGUUUUUUUUUCGACCUGAAGACAUUUGUCUUCGUGCGACUUUAAGAAAAGAAAAACAAGUUGCAAAGGACACAAAUCAGAGUAACGAGUUUGCCUGCCCGAAAUCCAAAAAAAUGACAUGUUUCCACAAGGGAUCAAUUGACCGAGGACACAAAUUAGAGUAACGAGUUUGUCUGCCCGAAAUCCAAAAAAAUGGCAUGUUUCCCCAGGGGCUCGAUUGACCGAGGACACAAAUCAGAGUAACGAGUUUGCCUGCCCGAAAUCCAAAAAAAUUACAUGUUUCCCCAGGGGCUCAAUCGACCGAGGACACAAAUCAGAGUAACGAGUUUGCCUGCCCGAAAUCCAAAAAAAUAACGUGUUUCCCCAGGGGAUCAAUUGACCGAGGACACAAAUCAGAGUAACGAGUUUGCCUGCCCGAAAUCCAAAAAAAUAACGUGUUUCCCCAGGGGAUCAAUUGACCGAGGACACAAAUAAGAGUAACGAGUUUGCCUGCCCGAAAUCCAAAAAAAAUGACAUGUUUCCCCAGGGGAUCAAUUGACCGAGGGCGCAAAUCAGAGUAACGAGCUUGCCUGCCCCUAUCUACUCGCACUAAAAGUCAGCCGAGCGGGUCCCGGGCCCCUAUUUUCAGAUGUUUGGCUUGAAAAUAACACGACAUAUAUAAGGAAAUGCACGGAAGAACAAUGUAUCGGGUCCCUCCUUUCUUGAAACCCUUGUUUCGGACCCCUCUUUCUGGAACACCUGGUUCUGCCCCUGAAAGCAUAUUUUUUUACAACCACCCCCCCUCCCCGUACAUUUUACCUCUAUUUUAUCAGAUAGCAUUUUAUCUUACCAGAUGGAUCACCAACAACCGACUAAAGUCGGUAGGCGACUGGCUAAAGUACUGCUCCCAACUUCAGCUGCUGCACGUCUCAAAUAAUUACAUCUCGGAGGUGAACUCUUCAACUGUUCCUUGCCCAAGACGUCUUCAAAUUCUGAUCUUGUCAAAUAAUCGGAUUACGCACUUAAAGCAAGAUGCUUUUGUCUCAGCACGUUUACUUGAAAUUAUAAUUCUUGACCGCAACCUCAUUCAAGAACUGGACAUAUCAGUCUUCCCAAGUCCAUCAAUCAUCCAAGUCAUCAUACAUCAGGAUUCAAGUAUCAACUUCCAAGUUCAUCUGGCGGGACACCCUUUCACCAAGCAAGUGUUUGCGGGUAACGGUUACACCUGUGCAACACGAGGAGGACUAAGGGGGCCCUCAUCUUUGUGUAAUCCCUGUCCCGUGGGGACCUAUAUGGGAGAAGAGUGCGCCACGUGCUGUAUCAAGUGCCCUGCAGGAGGAUUCUACCAAGAUGAAAUUGCGCAAAUACAAAUUAACGAGUAUGGGAAUGGCUGUAAACGCUGUCCUCUGGGACGAUAUGCCAGCCAAACGGGUACCUCCUCUGAACAGGACUGCCAGGCUUGUCUUGAAGGAACAAAGCAUGAUUACUUUGCUGGCUUCCGUGCAUGUUUCUGCUCAGAUAACCACUUCCGCUUUAGCCGAUUUGGUCCCUGUUUUCCCUGCCCAGCCGAACUCUUGUGUAGGAAUGAGUCCUUCAUUCUAGCUCCUGGAUACUACUGGCAAUGGCGAUCAAACGCAUCAUUUCAGAAUUUCAUUCGUUUCACAUCCGAACUUUUAAUUCGGGACGAUUCGUAUGACCGUGAUGUAGCAUCAAUUAAUGUGUCAGAGAUUCCUUUGACUCACAAAUGCCCUCGAGCGGAGUCCUGCCUUGGUGGGCUGAAUGCCGAGUGUGCUGAAGGCUACGGGGGUCCUCUGUGUGCAAACUGUGCCGUAGGACAUUACAAAUUCGCUAAUUGGUGUUUGAGAUGCCCAUCUGUCGCCACUGAGGCUCUACAAGCUUCUGGAGUGGUUGUCUCUUACUCUGUUCUUUUUAUUUUGUCGUCUCUUAAGCCAGGAGACCCCACUAACCGCUAUCUUACUGAUAGCAUUAUCUCGAUGGCUAAGAUUGUUGUGGGCUUUUACCAGGUAGUGCCCAAUUCAAUAGAGUCCAUGCAAUCAGAGAAUGAGCUUCGGUAUUUUGAAAUUUUUAUUUUGAGGUUGACCAACGUUUUCAAACUCGACUUACUGAACAUUUUUCCGUUUGAAUGCCACAUGUUUGGAGCUGGAGCUAGAAGAAAGUUCAUUUGGAGCAUGGCCGUGUACAGCUUCAUCAUAGCGCUUGCUCUUGUUCUGUGCUGGCUUCCAAAGACUAAACGCUUAUACAACGUGACGGAAGCCCAGUCGCACUUCGUAAACGCCAGAACAAGUGCCUUAAGUUGCGUUUUCAUUCUGCUGAUAAUCCUUUAUCCUCCCACCAUCUUUAACGUAUUCGCCAUGUUACCUGAGAGCUGCCAAGAGAUCUGCCUCGACGUCAAAGACGAGAGUUGCACAUCCUAUCUCAGCAAUGACUUCACAACUGAAUGCAGCAGUAAAGACUUCAAGAGCAUGUCCUUAUUUGUGUAUGCCUCCACCGUUAUCAUGCUGAUGUUACCAUUGCUUGGUUUUCUGCUGAUAAGGCGAGCAUUGAGAAAAGAGGUCUAUGAUGACGACAUUAAAAACGGGAUGAGGUCUCUGUACAUCAACUACACCCCUAGCUGCUACUACUGGGAGAUGGUGGAGAUGUAUCGCAGAGCACUGCUAAUGGCGGUGAUUGUCUUUGCUGUGUCGGAUAAUGGCUUGUUUUUGUGCUUCGCCGGCAUUUUGUUUGGGAUGUACGCAACGUUGUUUGCCUUUAAGAGACCCAUGAAGAACACCCAUGAACACUGGCUCCAGCUAAUGUCAAUUCUUAUCGCCAUGGUGGCAAAGCAGAUCGCUUUGCUUGUAAAGAUUCCUGUUGAGGAGGAGGAAUCAGCCAAUGAAAUACAUUCCACUGACGUCAUGUACUUUAACCUCGUUACCAAACCUCUGUUUGUUUUGGUUGUGUUCGGUUAUGCCUUGUUUGGGUGUUUGGGAGUGGUCACGAGAUGCAGGAAUGGACAGACAAUCAAUGUAAGCAGUGCAGCCAUCCAACAUGAAGACAAUGAAGACCGAACAGACGAACAGCAGGUACUGGGAGAUUGAGAACUUGUGCAAAUAAUGAGAACACAUCAAUACCGAGAUGCUCAAGUCGCUGUGAAAAUGUCGUCCAUAUUAUUGACCACACCAAGCCUCGUUCAUCAUUAGCAACAUCCACGUCCAUUGCGACGAUAACUAAAGCAGCUGCUUCGAACUACAAGUCCUUCUCUUAAGUGUCUACAGUCGAAAAGAUCCAAGUAGUUGGAAGGGUAUAUUGGUACCCAUCCAGGCGCAAGGUAUAGGUCAGGCCCGUACCCAGGAGGCGGUGCCUCACACCCCACACCCACACCCACAACGGCGGAGUGUUGGCAUAGAAAAUCCUUUUUUCUUCUUUUGGGGUAGUAAGAUAUCUAUCAGAAAACUCAACCCCUCCCCAGCCUCACCCCGGAAAAAACUAGGCACCCCUUCACCUUAAAAAAUCCUGGGUACGGGCUUGUAGGACGUAGCCGCCGGAUCUGAUCAUUUAUGCCAAUGUAAUGCCGUGCAUUUGUGUAAAAUUGUAGAGUAAAUAGAAAUCAGUAUAUCAUCAUCUUGAGAGCAUCAGCUCAUUGUCAUUGAAAUAAAAAACUUACAGUAAACUUACCAAUAUGAA